AUCACAACCUCCCUCUCUUUGUCACCACCACCCACAGCCGCCAGCCCACAACCAGCCAACGCCAGCCCACCACCCACAAUAUGCUUAAACAUACUAAUCUUGUUAUCAAAAUUCUCAUAGCACUCAUAUUGGGCUGCAACUUUCACAAAAACAAAAUCUCGUCGACAUCAUAUCUUCCCCACCACACAUCCAUUACUUCGUUAUUGAAAAAACUAAAACUUGAUGGUCAUCUUAGUUUCCACAACAUCCAUCAUGCAUCCAAAGAUUUUGGCAACAGAUACAGUUUCCUCCCUGCAGCUGUUCUAUACCCAAAAUCAGUUUCAGAUAUCUCAAAUCUCAUAAGCUACAUAUUCCAAAUGGGACCCACGUCGCCGUUAACUAUUGCACCACGUGGUCAUGGUCACUCACUUGAAGGUCAAGCCCAAGCUCAUCAAGGGGUGGUUAUAAACAUGGUAUCGCUAGGGAAGUCUCAAGAAAUGCAUUUUCAUGUUAAGGAGAACACGAACACGCCUUUUGUUGAUGUUCCAGCUGGCGAACUUUGGAUUAAUAUCUUGCAUGAGAGUUUAAAGCACGGGUUUGCACCAAAAUCGUGGACAGAUUAUCUUCAUUUAACCGUUGGUGGUACUUUAUCUAACGCUGGAAUUAGCGGACAAGCUUUCCGACAUGGGCCUCAAAUUAAUAAUGUCUACCAGCUACAAGUUGUUACAGGGACAGGAGAAGUAGUAACAUGUACAGAAAAAAAGAAUUCUGAUCUUUUCUAUGGUGUUCUUGGAGGACUUGGGCAGUUUGGGAUCAUUACUCGAGCUCAUAUUUCUCUUGAACCAGCGCCGAAAAUGGUGAAAUGGAUGAAAGUUCUUUACAUGGAUUUCACUACAUUCACAAAAGAUCAAGAACAACUAAUUUCAUCCAAUAGUUCAUUCGAUUACGUAGAAGGGUUUGUUUUGAUUAACCAAACCGGGCUCCUUAAUAACUGGAGAUCGUUUUUUAAAAAUAAAAAUCCUGCUCAAGCUAGUCGGUUUGUUUCUGAAGGGAAAAUAGUUUUCUGCCUGGAAAUCGCUAAGUAUUAUAAGCAAGAAGAUAUGGGUACCAUUGAUCAGAAAAUUGAAAAGUUGUUAUCCAAAUUGAAUUACAUUGAAUCCACACUCUUCAUAUCAGAAGUGUCUUAUGUGGAAUUUCUGGAUAGGGUGCAUGUUUCUGAGUUGAAGCUGCAAGAAAAGGGAUUAUGGGAUGUUCCUCACCCAUGGCUAAAUCUUCUUGUUCCCAAAAGCAAAAUCCACAAAUUUGCUGAUGAAGUUUUUGGGAAAAUUCUAACAGACACCAGCAAUGGACCUAUACUCAUCUACCCAGUUGACAAGUCAAGGUGGAACACUAAAACAUCAAUGGUGACACCAAAGGAAAAUGUGUUCUACCUAGUGGCAUUUCUAUCAUCAGCAAUGCCAGCUUCAACAGGAACAGAUAGCUUAGAAUACAUUCUAAGUCAAAACAAAAAGAUUCUAGAAGUAUGUGAAAGCGCGAACCUCGGAACCAAACAAUAUUUGCCACAUUACAACACACAAGAAGAGUGGAAAAACCAUUUUGGAAGCCAAUGGGGAGAUUUUGUUAGAAGGAAAUUGACAUAUGACCCUUCAGCAAUACUAACUCCUGGCCAAAGAAUCUUCCAAAAACAAUUUACUUUCUUAUGGCAAUUUACCAUUUGAUGCCAUAAAAAGCAAUCAGUUGAUUAAAUAGUACAUAUUAAUUAGAAACAUUUUGUAAUUUUCCAUCAUUUUAGUUUUAAUGGUUUCAACAGUUAUUUUCCAAGUGAUUAAUAAUAAAUAAGGCAAAUUGAAUAUAAAUAAUCCAAGCCACCCAAUAGACGAUAACAAUUCAUAUUGACAAUUUGACCAAUAACACUAUUAACUUCCGGUGCAGUUCUAUACAACUAGACCGGGUUUGCU